CUCCACCUCCACUUAGACCCUCAACCCUUACCUUCGCCUUCGCUUCCACCUUUGCCUUCACCUUUACCUUCACCUUCACAUAAACUAGCUUCAAUUCCAUAUAACUAUAAUACCACAAUUGUAUUACCUUGACGCCUAGGGAAACUUCUUGCGUAUAUCAAACUUUUAUUUCUAUGGUCUUACUGCUAGCUAAAGACGCUAUAUCAAAGUUUAGCCCUCAAAUUAUAUUAUCUAGGUCUCGCGUCUUAGAGCUACAUGAGUUCCGCGUGUGCUGUUCAGGCCACAGUCACGACUGGUUGACUGGACGAGAACGGAAUGGGCGCCGCCCAACGCAUUCGUUCCAACAGCUAUUUAACUCUCACUAUCGCUCGUAUAAUUCCCACUGUAAUUUCUAUCAGCCUCUGGACGAACGUCCUACCGUUAAAUAUAAAACAUCCCCCCUCCAGCCUACCCAUCUUGGUAUUCCAUUGCUCUCGUCAACUCAGAUUAACUCAUCAGCCACCUUGAAUCGUAAAGUGGAUCAAUCACGUCCCCACCAGACACAUAUAUACACACAUAUAUAAGGCUUGCACAUGGCGUCGCCUCCAGAACAAAAGCACCAGAGGAGGGGACCUUGGUCCCAGCGUGAGGACGAACUUCUCAAGCACUAUGUCGCCCUCCAAGGCCCGUUAUGCUGGGUAAGGAUCGCCACCAUGAUAGGCACCAGGUCGUCUAAGCAGUGUCGGGAGCGGUACCAUCAGAACUUGAAGCCUUCUCUGAAUCACAGCCCCAUCUCAGCCGAAGAAGGAGCCCAGAUCGAAAGCAUGGUGAAAAAGCUUGGGAAGCGAUGGGCAGAGAUUGCGAGAUCACUCAACAACCGAAGUGAUAAUGCUGUUAAGAAUUGGUGGAACGGCAGUAUGAACCGCCGAGAUCGUCUCAUCCGUAGGCAAAACUCGGCUGCUCAGGAACAUCCGACCCCGAACCAGAUCCAGUCUCCUUACCAUCCACAAGGUACUCCUCAGCUGCCAUUACCGCAGCUACCACCACCACAGCAGCAUCAUAAUCACCAUCGGCGGCAUAAGCAUGGCCAGGAAGAGGCAGAGUCAUCGCCAUUGGUGGCAACCCAAGCGUCAUAUCCACCACCACCAGCAUUGCCAUAUUCCCUGGCCGCUACAGCACUUCCAACCCGCCCAAAGAACCGUGGCCUAAAUUUACCCUCCGGGUCCAGCUCCUAUCACCCUUCUCGCCAUCCAUUGGAUACUUCUAGCCAGCACUCUCGCCAAGUUUCCUCUCAUCAGCCCCAUCAAGCAACCGGCCCAUGGGGUAGAUUCUCGGGAGGAUUGCCAUCACCUUCUCUGACCUCCCCUAGCGUUGAACCUCAAGAUCCACCUCCUACGCUGACGUCGAGGUUCAAUUCUACAGUCGACGCUACCCGUCCUGCCAGUUCGUCCUACGAACAUCUACCGACGCUGCCUCCGUUACGCGUCGGAAACGCGGGAUUUACAGCGAGCGAGAUACCGUCCCCAAGUCCCAGAGCACCUCAGGCUCAGCUCGACUUUAGCAAUGUUCGACUACCACCGAUCAGGGACUGCUUUAAUAGUAGCCAAUUACCAACAGCCCCUAAUUCACCCCGGGGUCAGUCGCAGGGACCAGAGCCCCAACCAUCUUCUCGAGCUUCUAUACACGAGGGAGAACAGGGAGAACAGGGAGACAAACGACCGCUUCGCAAAAUAUCGAUACACGAUAUUAUUUCCUAGAAUGAAUAAUAUCAUGUUUGUUGAUGUGUCUUUGGCUAUACCGUCUAUCCAUUCGGAAGACUGCG